AUGCUUCGAGCAGCCUCGUCGCUGUUUGGCUCAGAGCCUCUGCGCAGAAAAGCGGGAGGUAACGCGAGAGAAGAAGGACCUUCACCGUCUCCCCCGAGAGGGUCUGCAAGCGCCCAGGCGAUGUCGUCUUCGCUCUGCAUCUCCGUGAGCCUUCCAGCCUCCUCCUCCUCACAGCUGCGCUCUCCGCCACCGUCGACUUCGUCACCAAGCGUCCUUUUCCCUUCAGCAGUCUGCAGGCACUCGUGCGACACAGGCGACGCGUUUCGCCCCUGA